AUAACUCGGGGACUGAGGCUCAGAAACAUGCUGACUGUAACAGUGUAAUUAGAUUCAGACUUUAGUUUAACUAAUAAAAACAAAUAAGCUCGACUUGAUUGAUAUAUUUAGAUCUAAUAGUUUUUUUUACAGCAGGGAACCGUUGUCCAUUCGCUGUAAUCACGGUACUCCAGCAGCAACACUGACCGGUGGGAUAGAGUUACCUUGAAUGUCUCUUCCCUCGUUCCCUGCCAUCGUCCGUCAGUCCCUGGGGUUGAUCUAAUUCUGUCAGAGCCGGUGGAGGGUGGGGGCAGGCUGCUCUAUCUCCAACCAUUGCUCCAACCAGUGAUCCACCUCAACUUGGUCUCGGUCUGUCUCCCCUGCCUCAUCCACUGGGACGGAGGUCAACUCUCUUUGGACCAAUUGGACGCAUGAAAUUUUUUUUUGACUUCUGGAACGAGAAAAGAAAAUGCACAUUAAAGUACUAAGAAUGGAAAAGGAGGUGUAGAGUUACCAGAGGGGGGUUCCGGGUUUUCCACAUAUCGUAGCACCAGCCAUACGCAACACGUUGCUAGAUUGGAAUGAAACGCUGGGAUUAAAUCGCGCAGAGGAGUUGAGGAUCUACCAAGAGUUUUUGUUUUCAUGGCAACUUAAUCUGCACAAAGGAUUUACUGUUGGACUUUUACUUUGAAACUAUGACUGAAACAGUUGAAGCGCGGUCGUCGACCACCACCACCAUGGUCAUCGACGGGAAGCAGGUGGACGCCGGGUCAGCAUCCUCGCGAGGACACAAGAAAACCUUUUCAGAUGACCUCCACUCGACCUUCAGCUCCCCACUCGCCUGGAUCUUGGUUCUGGCUCUCAUCAUUACGUGGUCUUGUGUUUUUGUCAUCAUGUUCGAUCUGAUGGACUACAAGACCCUUUCAGGUCGCCCACCUCCUGUCGUCAGGAAGGUUUUAAAGGAUUCAGGCCGUAGAGGAGGCCUCACCAAGAUCGGCUCAGACCCCCUGAAGGCGGUCAACGAUGUCGUGGACCAAUCCACAAACGCCAUGAGUGGGAUUUUAGGCUUUGUUGCCAACCUGGUUGCACCUGAAGAAGACGAAGUGACUCUGUCCGCAGUGAGAAAAAAAGGAGAAUUUCUACCCUCCCGAAGUAAAGUUGUAGGGAUGCAAGCAAAGGCGAUACCUCCCGUGAUUGAAGUUGUGGAGGAGGAAGAAGAAGAAGAAGAGGUGGGAGAGGAAGAGGGAGAAGAAGAAGAGGGAGAAGAGGGAGAUGAAGUGGAGGCUGCUGCCAAGGAAGAGGAGGAUGAAGACCUAGAGGAAGAAGAGGAGGAAGAGUAUGAAGAAGAGUAUGAAGAGGAUUAUGAAGAGGAGUACAAUGAGGCAUAUGAAAAAUAUUAUGAGGAGGAGGAAGCUGAAGGAGAGGAGGUGGAAGGAGUGGAAGAGGAAGAAGAAGAAGAAGAGGAAGAGGAAGCAGAAGCUGUGGAUGAGGAGGAAGAGGAAGAGGAAGAGGAAGAAGAAGAAGAAGAAGAGGAGGAAGCAGAAGCUGUGGAUGAAGAGGACGAAGAACAGGAGGAAGAAGCUGUGGAUGAGGAGGAAGAGGAAGAAGAAGAGGAGGGGGCAGAAGCUGUUGCUGAGGAGGAAGAGGAAGAAGAGGAGGAGGGGGCAGAAGCUGUGGAUGAGGAGGAUGAGGAAGAAGAGGAGGAGACAGAAACUGUGGCAGCGGAAGAGGAGGAAGAAGAAGAGGGGGAAGAAACUGCAGAUGAGGAGGUGGAGGAAGAAGAGGAGGGGGCACCGGAGGAGGAGAAGGAGGAGGAGAGAGAAGAGGAAGAAGUGCAAAGGGAGGAAGAGCAGGAGAGAGAGGGACUUGAAGUAGCUGAUGAUGAAGAGGAGGAUGAGGAGUUGAAGGUAGCUGCAGAGAUGGCGAGGGAUGAGGAUGAAGACAAAGAAGAGCAGAAGGAACCUGAAGCAGCUGCAGCUAAGACUGAUGAAGAUGAUGAGGAAGAAGAAGCGAAAGAGGAAGCAGCAGAAGAAGAGGGUGACAAAGAGGAUGAUGAUGAUGAAGAAGAGUCUGAGCCUGCAGCCGCUGAUACCGAUGAGGAUAAUGAUGAUGAUGAAGAGAAGGCAGAUGCUGCUGAUGAAGAUGAUGCAGUAGAGUCUGAUGCCGAGGAUGAAGAUGAAGUUUCUACUGAACCUAUCUCCACAUCUGAGGAUGAGGAGGCGGCGGUGUCUCCUGAUUCUGAGUCGGACGCACCUGUUGACGUCGUAGACAGUGACGAUGAUGAAGACGAAAAAGACGAAGUCUACGCCAUUGACUCCUCAGACGUCAGUGAAUCUGCAGUCCUUUCCAGCGAGGAGGAGGAGAAAGAGAAGGACGAUGACGACGAGGAAGAUGACGAAGAUGACAGAUUAGCGGAGGGCGUCGAUACAUCCGACAGCGACGGCGUCCUGGAGCCUGAUCUUCCUCUUCCUGCUGCCAGUGAGGACGAUGAAGAGGAGGAAGAUCACAAACUUGCCAAGAAGGAAGACAUUUCUGCUUUACCUUUUAUCGAUGAUGAUGAUGAUGAUGAUGAUGAUGAUGAACACCUGGACGAAAACGUCAAAGUUGCCGAAGAGACAGAUGAAGAGGAUGACGAUGAUGGUCUGGACCACUCAGACGAGGACAUCUCCGUCGCCUCCUCUGAACACUUCGCAGACGAUGAAGACGAUGAGGAAGACCUGAAAGACGAAGAACUUAAACUCGAUAAAGUAGACCUCGACGAUGAAGAUGAAGAUGAAGACAAACCCAAUGAUGUCACUGAAGAAGACAUCCAUGACGACGGCGCUAAAGCGGAGGAGGAGGACGUCGGCGCGUCUUCCUUUGAGAGUACAGACAGCGGAGUCUUGGGCGAUGAAGACGACGACGACACUGCUCUUGAAAGUGAUGAAGAGACGGACUUCAGCAGUGACAUCACCUAUGACUCAACCGACGAUGACGAAGAUGAAGAUGACGGAGUUAUUGACACCAGCUCGUUUGAGUUCACCUUCGAUCAGGAAGAGGAAAAAGAAACUCUGUUUGACCUAGUAAAAGAUGAAGAUGAUGAUGAAGAUGAAGUCACAUCAGAGUCCCUAGCUAGUGAGGAUGAAGAAGACGAUGAUGAUGAAGAUGACGAUAAAGAAGAGGAUGAUGAUGAUGUUGACGUCUUGCUAGCAGCUGCUGCUGCAGCAGCGCUCCCUGUCCAGGAGGAGGCAGUGAAGACGGAGACGGACGAGGACGAGGACGAGGACAUCAAACAGGCUGCUGAUGAAGACAAGACGGAAGAGGCUGAAGCAGAAACAAUCGUCACCAGUCAGCCUGCUGCUCAUGAAGAGGAAGAGGAGGAUGAGGGGGAAGGUGAAGAGCCGACAGCUGAACUGAAGAAAACCGUAGACGAGCCUGAAGAUAAAGAGGAGGAGGACGAUGAAGACGACGAGGAGGCGAAGGCGACGGUGGAUGUAGCCCCACAGACUGAGCCCACAGUGUGUCCCUGCAUGCACUCUGCAAAGGCCACAGAGUCCGCCACAGAGACCGCCACAGAGACCGCUAAGAAAAAAGAUGCUCCGAGAAGAGUUUCAGCUUUAAGAAGGAAAAAAGGUGAAAAGACUGAUGAAAAGCCAACAAAGAAAGGUCUGCCCAGAAUUGUAAAACUGGAGCCACAAAUCAGUCGGAUCCGGAAACUUCCUCCUCCUUUCAGAGCAAGGAGAGUGGAGAAGAAGACUCCCACCAAGGCUCCCAAAAAAGAGCCAGAGAUCAAAAAAGAAGAAGUCUCAGAAUCUGGAGAAGAAGUGGGUCCUUGCAGACCUGCACCGGUCUACUGCCCGUCCCCACCUGGCUGGUACGUUCAUCACGUCGUCACGGACAACCCGUACCCUCCUCCGACCGUGUCAGCUCCCUCUGCUCCUGUUCUGACCGCCCACCCCGUCAACACCGGAGCUCCACCGCCUCUUUAUCAGCAGCAGCCACCGCAGCCGAUGCACCCGUUCUACGCACAGUACCACCCAUACCACCCAUACCACCCGUAUCCACCAAUGCAGCCGGUGAUGCAGCCUCAACCGGACCCAGUCCAGCCAGCUGACCCAGUCCAGCCAGCUGAACCGGUUGAUCCAGUCCAGCCAGUUGAACCAGUCCAGCAAGAAGCCACCGAACCAGAGCCUCCGGUUCAGCCUGAGAUCCAGAUUCCAGCUGCUGAAGCUCAGCUGGCUGUAGCUCCAGUCCAGGAACCAGAGACUGUUGAGGAAGAAGUGUUGUCUGCCUCCACUGAGAAAGCUGCAAAGAAGAAAAGCAAGGCUGCCAAUAAGGAAAAAGAGCCGGCAGCAGCCAGAGACAAAACAAAGAAAGAUGCUGCUGCUGCUUCGAAAGAGAAAACCAAAGCUGGCGCUGCAAAGAAAGAGCCCACAGUGAGAAAAGAGAAAACCAAAAGUCCCACAGUGGCUAAGAAAGAGGCAGCUGUAAAAGAGAAAACCAAACCUGCUGCAGCUGCUAAGAAAGAGCCAGCUGUAAAACAGAAAAGCAAACCUGCAGCUGCUAAGAAAGAGCCGGCAGCUGCAGCGCGACAGAAGAAGAAACCAGCCUCUGACAAGACAGAAGUGUCACCCGUCAGGAGCAAAGCCAAGGCUUCCACAGCCAAGAAAGAUUUGGAUCCAGAACCACGUCCACAGCCGGUCCGACUGAGAACCAGACUAGGAGCUGGGGAGAGGGACAAUGUGACCUCCCAGGCCAGGGGGGACCAACCUGCCAGGACUUCCUCUCAACCAGCCAAAACACGAUCAAAAUCAUUGGCCAACGAGAAAAGCAAAGAUGAGAAGGCUGAAACCAAAUCUGUCAAAGAGGCUCAAGAUAAAGAGAAACAACCAACACAAUCUAAAGAGACCCAGACUGAUGACAAUACGACAGAAAAGAAGAAACCAGGCCAGAGAUACUUCCAGUGCAUUUACAUCCCUGGUAAAAAUGCACAGUACCCCUUGCGACCAGCCAUGUCCCCCGCCAUGAUGUCUCCGGCGAUCAGGUCCAUGUUGGAGCAGCAGCAGAGAGCAGCGAGGGCGUCGGGCCAGUAGGACAACCUGACCUCUCACCUCCCUCUUCUGACGGCUCCACCUCCCAGUCCAGCAGGGGGGGACGCUCCAAAUCUGUGGGAUCCUUAAAUCCUGAGGAAAUACCCCAGACAGACAGAUAAGAGUGGACACAACUAUUUUGUCUUUAAUUUAUUCAUGUAUUUAUUUUUCUCUCGAUGGGGUCGAGCUCCUGGGGUUCCUGUUGAUAUUUCAUACUUUUUUUUUUUUUUGCUUAGCCGAUGCUUCACCAGUCGACACUGCCGCGCCUCGCUUGUGCCUUAGAUUUAACGUAAUGUCACCAAAAUCCAAACACGGAAGCUUUCAUGUGAAUAAUCUUUACUCAGUAUGUGCAAAUAAUACUUACAUUUGUAAUAAAUGCACACACCUUUGGCUGUUGAUUUUGCAGUUUACUCUUGCGGUCCAGUUCAAUUAAAUUAAUUAGAUUAAAUUAAAUUGAUUUUGUUUUAUAUAACAUUUAUACUUUACUUGGGCUGACAUAUCAGUUAUGCACAGUGAAAAACAACUCAUAGUUUCAAAUGGUACUUAAGAAAAUAUAAUACUAGUAACUAAAAACCUGAUAAUACAAAAACAAACUAAACAAUAAGUACAAACUGACAAAUACGGACAGUAUUUUACAUUAAAAUCUAUCAGAAUAUCAUUACGAAAUGAGUCAAACUAAAUAGCUUUUUUAUUCAAUAUUACUGGAGUCAAGCUGAGAGCAAUAACCAACAGUUUGCAUCCCCUUUUAUUUGCAUUGGUGUAGAUUUAAAUCACCUUUACCUUGCGUACUGUAACAAGAACAGGUGUGUUUUGCUGCUUUGCUGCGUCUGCAACGGAUCAGCGUACUAAUGUUUGGAGGGGUAAAUCCCGGGAGCUCCCACGUUGGAUCCAAGCAGACUCCCUGGCUCUGAUCCUGAUCCUGAGUCUCGUCAACCUGUUACAUGUUGCUGAGUGAUGAAUAACGGUGAGACCUUUUCUUCUUAGAUGACCUGACAUCAGGCAGGAGUUAAGAAGAAAGUGAGAUCCUCUCAGCCAUGUCUGGACAUGUUACAGUUUGUAGAACUGCAUUUUAUUGAAAGAAAUAACACUUACAGUAUAAAGAGAUACUUUGACAUCCUAAUUGCAAGUAAUGGAUGUUUUUCAUUCCCACACACUGUUGUGCUAAUAAGUCAAAGUAGAAAAUAAGGGCUCAAAGUAAAAGUUAUUUCUCUUUUGUAAAUAAUUGGCCUUUCUGUUGCCCAUGUAAAUCUCCCAAACAUCAAAAGUAUCAUUGUUCUUAUAAAUGAAGUGCAGUCUGAUCACAUAGGGUGUCAAACAGCUGCCAGUCAUUUCAGCGUGUUUAGAGACGGGGAGUCUGCACAGGACAACUCUGAUGUGACCAACUAAUGAGACACUGUGAUGUCUGCUACAGUGGAUACAUGUCAUGUAUAAUCAUCAGCUGAUUUA